CAAUGACCUGUGAAUGAUAUAGUUACAUAUACUUAGUUCCUUCGAUCUUCGAGGUGUAGCGUGUUCUUCUUCCAUGGAGUCGUACUGCAAGGCACAUGAUCUUCCACUAGCUACUUAUGGAUAUCCAAACAGACCUUACCGUUUUGGGAUAGAAUGCGGAGAUGCAGUGGACGAUAAGGAAAGCAUUCAAGCAUUCAAUCAUCCUGUACAUGCUCAGUCACUCACCCCUUCGAGCACUCGAUCAGUGACAAGUCAUCCUUCAUCUCCUCGUUUGUCCACCCUCUCUACUACGCGUGUGCGCUGGUUCGACACAUGCUGUUUUAGAGUCCAAUAAUUCUCCUGUCUCAUUGCCCCCCCCGACCUGCACUCCCUGCCCCUAUGCACCGGGCUCAUAGACCGCCCAUCGCUCCCUAACUCCCAUCAUCCCGUCGAGCAUCUUGCAUGUCAACAGCCUCCUUCUCAAUACACAGACGAUCCUAGAAUCGGCUUUGUUCACCAAGAUGGAUUCCCUCAACCUACAAUGCGGGCAACUGGAUUCGCCCGACUACAAGAAUUUCAUUCUCUCCAUUCUAAUCGUCUUUGGCAUCCUCCUCUCGUACCUCCCCCAGCACAUCCGGAUCAUUUCGUUGAAAUCCUCGUUCGGAAUCUCCCCCUACUUCGUCCUCCUAGGCACGACCUCCGGCUCGUCCGCGCUCGCCAAUGUCGUCUCCCAACAACAAAGUCUCCACGACAUGUCGUGCUGCAAGCAAAUCAGCGGACUAGGCUGCUUCUCCGCCAUUCUAGGCAUCCUCCAAGUCGGCACUCAAUGUCUCUGCUUCUUCCUAAUCCUCGUCCUCUUCGUCCUCUUCUUCCCGCGCCACCAGCACUACGGCAUGAACCACCGCCCGACCACCCCAACCUACCGCACGGCCCUCACCGUCGCAGGGAUCUGCAUCGUCCACGCCCUCGUCAUGCUCAUCACCACCCUGGCCGUCGGGCUCCGUCGGCCCGCGGCCCUCCAAUCCUGGUCCAACUUCUGCGGCGUGCUCGCCGCCCUCCUCGCCUCGGUCCAGUACUUCCCGCAGAUCUACACGACGCUGCGCCUCCGCUGCGUCGGCAGCCUCAGCAUCCCGAUGAUGUGCAUCCAGACGCCCGGCAGUCUCGUGUGGGCGGGCAGCCUGGCAGCGCGGUUGGGCCGCGCCGGAUGGAGUACCUGGGGGGUGCUGAUCGUCACGGCCUGUCUGCAGGGGACGCUGCUGGCCCUGGGCGUGUGGUUCGAGUACCUGGGUCCCGACAAGGGCCACGGCCACGACGAUGAAGGCGACGCCGCGAAUAAGAAUCCCACUAAUGAAGAUGGAGAGGAGAGCCAGGGCCGGGAUCAGCCGUCCGAGGAGACGCCGCUUCUUGGGGGGUGA